UUCACCCAAGUGCAACCAACCAAUCACCCUCAAAAUAAAAAACACUUGUUUUCCUUUUCAUUCUCUAUCAAGUCUAAAUCACUCAUCAUCAUGGCCAGCAUUAGGGUUACAUGCGUUGUUCUUACGGUGUGCAUGGCAUUGUUGAGUGCACCGAUGGUCCACGGCGCCAUGUCGUGUGGCGCCGUGACCGUUUCCUUGGCAUCUUGCCUCAGAUACCUGCAGAACGGGGGAAUCCCGGCACAGACAUGUUGCCAAGGGGUCAAGAAUGUCCUUGCCAGUGCCAGGACUCCCGCCGACCGCAGGACCGUGUGCACUUGCCUUAAAUCAUCGGCCGGUCAAGUCCCCGGCCUUAAUCUUGCCAAUGCUGGCUCACUCCCUUCCAAAUGUGGUGUUAACAUCCCAUACAAGAUUAGUCCCUCCACAAACUGCAAUACCAUCAAUUAAAUUCUCAAGUGUUUCACAUGUGAUGGAGAAGAAUGAAAGCGGAUCAUAGCCAGUUUCUACUGAGAGAUUAUAUUAUAUAUCUUAUGACCAUUUUCAUAGCAUGCUUUAUUUACUGAGAAUAAAAAAAAGGGAAAGGUUAUUACGUGGUCUCCACUUGCGUGAGUCUAUAAGAUUUUCCCAUAGUUUCAUGGCAUUUUGAAUUUGGGUUUAGUUAUCAUCAUGAUGUGCUAUGUAAUAUGUUUAAUUUCUUUCGGUCAAUGUAAUGUCACAUGUGUUAGUAGUAAUAAUUCUUCUCUAAUAUUUUUCGCUUUAA